AUGGCCACAAAGCAGACCACAGACCCUGGUUUUGACCCUGAUCAUGCCAUCGUUAUAUCGGACUCGGAGGAUGAUUUCAAUGAACUUCCAAAUGCUCUUCUGCCUCGCUUUCCCGUAAAGUCUCCUUUUGACUUCCAGGUUGAAGUGUCUGGACAAGCGUGCGUGUCGCAGGACUCUCCCCGACCUUCAGAAGGCUUGACAAUGCAUGCCUCAAACGACGUGGAUAAGGAUGCUAUAGAAAAGGGCCGGGAGGUUAUUAGUAUGGCAAACCCAUCCUCCCUGCCGUCAGGCAGUGAUGUUGCUUCUCGGGAGCAGGUCCUUGGGCAUCGGCGGUCUGCCGCGUUAGAGAUAGCCGAGACUUUCGUCUCUGCUCCAAGAGGAGCGGAGUUGGAUGCUUCGGACGUUGAAUCGAGUGGCAGCCGUCGGUGUCCACGGGCUCGGCCUCGCUCCUAUGUAUCCACAGACACAAGCUCGGAUUCCGACAAUGAAACUUCUGGGCCCGACGAGGGAACUUAUCUAAUGCGCCCUCGAUCCAUUCGCGAAUCUACGGCAGAAAGAAUUCUUGCCUCAGUCUGCGAGGUCGAUGUUCCGAAGGCAAGUCUCGGCAGGCCCAUGGCCAGUGGUGGAGGUGUACCACGCCCCCAGGGCGAAGAUUCCAGUGACGAAUUGUCCUCGGGAUCAAGUGACGACGAACGACCGGCAACUUCACGUCGGGACCUCGGAACGAAGCGACAUAAGCCUCCACCUCAAGGGAGCAGUUUUAGACCCGAGUCAACUACCAUGCGCAAGGCCUCACAGUCCUGCGUUGCGUCGCCACCACCUGACGACGACGAGGGGUCCUCUGUGGUUAUUCCGAAAACCAACUUCGCGCGAGCGAGAAGGGUACUCGUCCACAGAAACCUAAACCAACUUAUUGUCACCGUCGCCAUGAGGGGUGAUAUCCAGUUUAUUCGAGAUAAGCGACGUAUCACCGGCUGGUCAAUGCCAGCGGAUCGACGCAGACUCGUAGAAGAUGCCAUUGUGGUGGGUGACACCGUCGUCGUUGGGUAUUCUUCUGGACCCUCUCAAAUAUCACUUAUGUCACUGCAUCCGGCUCUUGAGGACAAGAAACCCACGCGAAUAGACCUCAAUCAUGCCGCGCAUGAUAAUGUCGGUCGAAUGCGAGGUGAUACGACUUGCGAUGCUAGAAUCAGUUGUCUCAGCGCACUGGCUUCAGAUAGGCUGGAAUUCCUGAGUGGGGGCUACGACAAGCGGGUGGUUCACUGGACUAUCGAUGACUCUGAGAUUGCAGCAACUGAAGCAUUGCCAAUAUUCCAUUCAGGACCCGUGCAUGCCCUAGCGUAUAAUGGCAGGAACAGGGCUGUUUUCUCCUCAUCGGGCCGAACCAUAUAUGAGAUGAACCUUCACAAGCCCACAAAGACAAGCCCGAUCCGCAAGUCGACGCCGGUGCGGCACAUUCAUGUUCAUGCACAGGAUCCUAACCUCGUCCUUCUCGAGUUUUCUGGUCGAAUUCAGAUGAAGGACUUAGACCACCAAAUCCAGAUUUACGAUGUGCGGGUGGGGUCUUUUGAUCGGUCACCCUGCCUUAGAUUUGGACGAGAUGAACAUCGUACGGGACAUGAGUCGACACGUUAUCGGCGGGGAAGCGUUUUUAUGAGUUACUUCUGCCUUGGGUACUCCGAUGGGAGUAUCAAUGUAUGGGACUUUCGCCACAAAACGGAUGUUACCAUUAAGAGCAGAAAGCACCGACCUGCGCCAAUAGUGCAUACAGCCUUGUUUCAAUCCGAUGUCCUGGCGUACGGCGGACAUAUAGUUACGUUUUGGCCGGCGUAG